AAAUGCAAUUUAAAGGUCCAAUUACUCCCCACUUUCACUUCAUCUUCUUCUUUCAGAAUCACUUGGCUUUCUCCUUCUUCAGAACUUUCAACCCCUGAUCUUUGAUACUCGUGUAUUUAUUCCCUUUGUAUACUAGUAUCGAGAACUAUGUACAUUAAAAGCAUGUUAUAUGCUUAAUAUCUCAGGUGAGGAUGAAGAAAUAUCCCGUUGUAUUCCCGAAAUACGAAACCGGCGACUAUGGUGCUAUUGAUUUUGAUCCUGAAGUAGACUUUGCUCAGUUCUUGAAUGAAGCAAGGCAACACAAGAACGUUUCGGACGUUGUCGGUUCCUCCCUGAAUGUAGAACAUGGAGGGAGGAGAAGAUCGGGCGAUGAGAAGAAGGAGGGCAAGAAGUCAUGGAAGAGUUCCCUAUUCUCAUGGCUGAAAUCCGAUAAGAAAAGCAAGCAUCGGGUCGAGCCCGCAACUAUUACUUCCUCCUGUAAGCCGAAGCCGAGAAAGGGACAUACUUCCGGCCCGAUAUAUGGGAGCACUGUCAGGGGAUCCGAGGUAGUGCACCACCGCCCAACAUCAGGCCCGCUUUCGGGUUUUUUCAGCAAGACAAAGAGAUCAGAGAACAAGACUCCAUACCUCACCCUCGGCCAGCUUGACAGGCCUAAUGGUAAUGGAGCUAGUCCAUACGGGCCCGUGUACCUUGUAACCUAGCGUGUGGAGUGACCUCCGAGUAUCGGAGGACUUAGGUUAGAGGCUGUGAAUCAUUCUUGUGCCGUGAUACCACUUCCAUGAUUAGGCUUUCAAUGAAGUUUCAUGUUGCUGUGGCAGGGAAGAGCCGUUCAGAGCAAACUUUGCUCUUACCAGAAUGGAAGAGCCGUUCGCAUUGAAUCAUUCAUUGUUAUAUUUCGAUGUCCGUUUUUU